CGUAAAUACGCUCGAACCAAGUAUCUUUCAGGACGGAAGUGCUUUUAAAAUCAUUAUCUAGUACAUGGCUGUAUGGUGAUGUGCAUCUUCCUCUACCGGAAAGAAACACAAUGUAAUAGAUAGUAUGCUUAAGUUUAAUUUUCUGACCAUUUAUAUAGAUGGCAGUAGGAUUUAGAGAAUCACAAGAAUUUUGGAGGGAGCAAGCGAAGUUCGAAGCUCGAGUUCAUCAUGAGUUGCGGAAUCAACAAGGGAAAGGCCCCUACAAUAUCUUCAUAAUAGAUACAUCUUCUUUUAUCGAGAAGGAAGGUUUUGCGCAGCUGAAGGAAGCGUUUACUGCUAUAAUUGAUGAGUACUCUCAACAUCCAGAUAUUGAUGAGAAUGUGGCAGUAAUUGUAUGUGGACGUCAAACUAAGUUUCUACGCUACUAUUCCAACCAAUACGAAGAUAUCAAACAUUGUCUAGACAAUGUUGAGAUUGGAGGACCAUGUCCUUUAACGGCAGCAUUUAUAUUAUCUCAAGGUGGACUUGGAAAUGGCACAAAUCUAGAAUGUAAAUUGGGGGAUUUUUACGUUCGCCCAAGAAUAAUUCUCAUUUCGGUCGGCAGACCAACUGAUUUUUCAAUCAUAGAUGUUGAUUUGUGUCCUCAAAUGGAAACCGACGAAGAUAAGCAUCGAUUACUUCAACAAACACAAAACGUGGGGAGAAUACAUCCAAUAUUUUGUAUUCCUGUCGGACAGAAUCCUGAUUUAACAACAUUGGAUUUUCUAAGUGCCCAGUCACAAGGUGGAAAGAUCGUGCAUGUUAGCGAAGCAAGACAAUUUGCUAAAUACUCAAAAAAUAUGAUAACAGCUUCAAAGUUGUCGUUUACAAUUGAGAAUGAUGGCAACGACAAAGAAAGAAUUAUGACGUCAUUGGUGUGCAAGUUUCCGGACAGCGAGUUUUCGCAGAUGGAUCUGGACGACAUAUUUGAGAUAUGCUCGAGGAAGCCUUUGUACUGUUCAUAUGCAGAUUUAUUAAAAGAAAUUGAAGAUGAACAGGAGCUUUAUAAAGAAAGAGAUCCCAAUAUGCCUCCUUUGGGUUCCAGAGUAAAACGAGGACGCGACUGGCAGUGGGGUGAUCAGGAUAAGUAUGGUCCUGGUACAGUCAUAGGACAUUCUAAAAAUGCUGGCUGGUUGCAUAUAGAAUGGGACAGAAAUCCAGGCAAUUCAUUCCACUACAGAUACGGAUCUAACAGUAGAGCAAAAGAUAUAUAUGAUAUAAUGGUCUGCGAUGAACCGAGAAUUUUGGAUAACCAAUUAAUUUCACUAGGCUGUCUUGUCACAAGAGGUCCUGAUUGGAAGUAUGGUGACCAAGAUGGUGGUGCCGGGAAUAUUGGAUCAGUUUUUCAAGUCGCCGAAAACGGAAUGGUUCAGGUCCGAUGGCAACGCGGUCAAAAGCAGUAUAGAUUUGGAUAUGAAGGGAAAAUGGAUCUUGAACUAUGUGAUCCAUUUUCAAAAGAAAGUGUCGAUUUUCUUAAAGUUCAAAUGCAAAAAGCUGCGUUAAAUUAUGCGAAAGAAAGUGAACCUGGAAUUGGAAGAGUUUUAAAAGAUGUGUCUGGUUUUAACAAUGAUCAUCAUUUGGAAUCCAAAAGGAAACCUGUAUUAUAUGUAACAAAGGGGAAAUACUUUAAAAAUGACAAAUUGGUUGAGCAACCUGCAGAUAUUGAGACAGAUGGGCCCCAAUCUCCGGGUACAAAAAACCAAUGGUUCUGGAAGGAUGAAAAUGGGAAAUGGAAUGCAUAUUCAAGAGAAAUGAAUAACAGAGUGAACAAAUACCACAAACGUGACCCCAAAUCAACUGUUGUUGUCACGAUACAUGAUCAGUUUUACAGAGUUGUGAUGGCAAAGAACAUACAGAUUAACAUAAAGACCAGAGAAGUGUUCGAUGUAAAAUUCGUGGAAACGUAGUUUUGUUUUUAGAUUAGAGUGACAAUAUCUGAUUGCGUGCUUCAAUAUAUAUUGAUACUAUUUGCAUCAAAAGUCUUAAACUAUUUUCGCAAAAAGUAUUGGCCAGUGAUUAUUUGAUAAAUACAUUACUUGUUUUUCAAUGUUCUAUUCAGUGUUAUGAAAAACGGUGUUUCUAAACUAAGACUUUAGAUACAAUGGGAACACAGCGUACACAACCAAAAUUUUGACUUGUUAAACAUGUAAACGUUCCAUUCUAAUUUACAUGUAAUCGUUUAACAACAUA